AUGUACUUUGAUCAAAUGCAUCCAAACUUUGAAAUCGGCGCAACGAAGGCAGGGUUUGUCAGCACCGAAGGACAGUGUGCGACAUCCAAGUCGGAGGUUACGACAGGAGCAAUGUCACCCGGCACUGGGCGCUCCAGUCCGCUCUCAAUGGACUCAAUGGAGUCCAGCUGCUCGAGCCCAGAAACGAAACCCAAUCCUGAGCCGCGAGUACGCAGGCCUUUGAACGCCUUCAUCAUUUGGACCAAAGAAGAACGCAGGCGCUUGGCGCAACUUAACCCUGAUUUAGAGAACACCGAUUUAAGCAAAAUUCUCGGUAAAACAUGGAAGGCCAUGUCCUUGGCAGAGAAGCGGCCAUAUAUGCAAGAGGCGGAGAGGCUGAGGGUACAGCACACCAUUGACCACCCCAACUAUAAGUACAGACCUCGGAGGAGGAAGCAGGUGAAGAAGGCCUCCAAAGCACCACAAGCCGAAGCCCCACACUUCAGCAGCACCCGCGCUGAAAAUCUCAGCUACCUGAUUCAGAGCCACUACCAGCAGCACAUGGUUCAGAACGUGCCAGCCUACACAGGAGAAGCCCAGAUGCUUUACAUGCAGAGGUCCCAUCUCUCUGACCAGCAGUACCAUCACACUAGUGCCGCCCAUGUUCCCUCACUUGGUGAGCAGUGCGACUGGAAGUCCUGCAACUGCCAGCUUUGCACAAGUGUCUCAUGCCUUGACUACUACUUAGAGCAGUUCAAAGUGGACCUGCUCCACGACUUGGACCGCAGUGAAUUUGAGCAAUACCUUGGGCCAGCUGCGUGCAGACCUGAGCCAGUGGAAUGGCAUCACCAACCUAGUGCUCUACAGUGGUUCUGA